UCUGCUUAUUAUUUGCAAGUCAGCAGUCACCGAAGUCAGUUCGAUUUAUUAUUUAAGCUGAACCCGUAGCGCGACGUUAGGAAUUAUUGGUAGAAAGUGUGAAAAGGGAUGACGCCCUACGUAAUUCUUUUGUUAAGUUUAUCAUUUUGCGGAACAACUUUUGGUGAAAGUCGUGGCGAAAAUUGCAAAACAUCAAACUUAGCGAGCGGUACUUGCAAACUUAUACCCGAUUGCCCCGCCCUAAUAUGGAAAAUCAAGAAUAAGUUUCAAUAUGCCCGGUGUGGUUUCGAAGGGACUAACGAGGUUGUUUGCUGCCCGAAUGACACUACCGAAAAAAAGGAGGAUCGGGUUAAUCAAUCAUCAACCAUUUGCUCGACGGAGUCAACCCAGAACAAAGGCAAUCAAGCCAGGAUUAGCCAGCAAAAAUGCAGAGAAUAUGCUGACAGUUACCGUCUAGAUUACAACGAACCAGAGACAUGCCUCAUCGGUAAGGAAGAACUACGAACACGUACCAUCAAUGCCCUCCCUCGAGAGUUUCCUCACAUGGCCCUAAUUGGAAGCGGAAAUGCCAGCUAUAUUCUCUGGUUAUUCAGCGGAUCGUUGAUUAGUGAUCAGUACGUGUUGACUACAGCUUUCAAUUUUAAAUCCGCAUUGUACUCUGAACCAAAAUACGUCCUGUUGGGAGAAUUGGAUACAACAUCGGAAAGAGAUGGCGCGAAGCCUGAAAGAUUUGGAAUACUCACUUUAAUUCCCUAUCCCGGGUACAGACGUCCUCCUCUGUAUAAUGACAUCGCCUUAAUAAAGCUGGAUAAGAAAGUGGAGUUUAGUCCAUAUAUUCGACCGGCGUGCUUACCAACAGUUUUCGAUGAACCUGAGGCAAAAGAAAUGUUACUAGGAUGGAACCAUUCUGAUGAAGGGCGGAUUGUAGAAGUACUACUUCGUUUGAAGAAAAAAGUAGUUGAAAAAUUCAGCCAGGAAGAGUGCAACGAAAACUAUAGGCAAACAGUUGAGGAGGGAAACCUUCCCGAGGGUAUUCGCAAUCAAACACAAAUGUGUUUCGGUGUAAGAACUAACUCCAAGGAGGUUUGCAUUAGUAACGCCGGCAGCCUGCUUCUAAUUCCCCACAAGGAUUUGCAUUGUAUGCAAACUAUAAUAGGAAUCACAUCGCUAGGCCUUAUCUGUAAUGAUGUAGAUUCGCCGGAGGUCUACACUCGAGUGUAUCCGUAUAUUGACUGGAUUGAAAGUAUUGUCUGGGGAAUACAGUGAUGCUAUAUAACCGAUUCGCUAAUCCUGGAAUACUAUAUGUAAACAAAUUUAUUAUAUAAUGGAAUAGUAAAUAAUAGCAUA